AUGCACGCAUUUCAUCAAACGUUACUACCUGCGUCGUCCAUUCAUCAUUCAUUGUUCUUACCGAAUUUCACACCUUCGACUAUCUAUCCAUUACCCAAACCCACCUCGUCUUCGUCGACCACAAUAGAAAAUGAAGUGAAGAUAGUCGGUAAUCUGAUCGUAGCAGGCGGUGAAAAUUUACGUGUUUUCGAAAUUCGUGAAUCGAUAAAUAUCCCUUCUGCCCAAACACAGAAUGGAAUCUCUAAUAUCGAUGGAAAUAGUAAUGGAUAUCUGAAUGGAGGAGGGGGGAAUGAUGAUGAGAUGGAAGAAGGUGAAGAGAUUGGAGAUGGUUUCUUCGAUGAUGGUCACUCAAACCGAGAACCUGUCAAAUUCGAAAUCACACGUAAACUUCACUUACUUGCUCAUCAUGAAUUGAAUGGAAUCAUAACCGGUUUAGCUGGAAUAAGAACCAUUGAAAGUAGUGUUGAUGGUUUAGAUAGAUUACUGGUUUCGUUUGAACAUGCAAAGAUGGCCCUGCUCGAAUGGUCGAGAGGAUCAAUAUCAACAGUAUCUCUACAUACAUAUGAAAGAUGUCCUCAAAUGAUUUCAGGAGACUUACAAACUUAUGUUCCCAUGUUAAGGACCGACCCUCUGUCGAGAUUGGCAGUGUUGAGUCUACCUGAAGAUUCAUUGGCUGUUCUACCUGUAUUACAAGAACAGUCAGAACUGGAUUUGAUCGAAGGUUUUGCUCGAGAUGUCCCAUACUCUCCUUCUUUCGUACUCUCUCUUUCCGACGUAUCACCGACAAUCAAGAACUUGCAGGAUCUUCUUUUCUUAUCUGGAUUUCAUUCCCCUACACUCGCCCUCCUUUAUUCACCUCUACAUACCUUUUCUGGACGUUAUCAGACUAUCAGAGACAACUUUUGUCUCGAAAUUCGUACGAUUGAUUUAUCGUCAGGUGGAACAUACCCUUUACUCACUUCGGUGACUGGUUUACCAAGUGACAGUCUUUAUCUCGUACCAUGUCCUGCUGAAUUGGGUGGUGUGGUCCUCAUCACGUCAACAGGGAUAGUACAUAUCGAUCAAUCUGGAAGAGUGGUGGGAACAGCCGUCAAUGCAUGGUGGAAUUAUGCGACUUCGCUGAAAAACGAUCAAUUAUUCGAAAACAGAAGAUUGUCAUUGGAAGGCUCAAAAUGUAUUUUCGUCAGUGAAAGAGAUAUGUUAUUGAUAUCACAUAAUGGUGAUACACAUCAAGUUAGAUUUGAAAUGGAUGGUAGAAAUGUCGGAAACAUCAAAAUCGAUGAAUCAACAAGUUCAGUUCCACCUCCAUCAAGUGUAGUGAUAGCAGGAGAAAAAGCAAUCUUCAUAGGUAGUGCAGAAGGUGAUUCAUUAUUAGCUAAAAUCAACAUGGAAAGAGAGAUCAUCGUAAACGGGGAUGAUGCAAAUGGAUUGAAAAAAGAAGAAAAAGAUGAAAUGGAUGUAGAUUGGGAUGAAGACUUAUAUGGAGAUAUGAACGACCCUUCUAAUGCUGGAUUGCUUAAUGGGCAGAAGACAGAAGCUACUGGACCUGUCAAGGUCUCAAUAUUACCAUAUGAUACCUUGUCAGGAGUCGGCAAGGUAAUGGAUAUAGAAUUUGGUAUAGCUGCAACAGAUCAAGGAACGCGAACUUACCCCCAGUUAGUGGCUUUGAGCGGUGGAAGUAGAAAUUCGACAUUUAACGUAUUCAGACGAGGUAUUCCGAUCACCAAACGAAGGCGGUUUAAUGAGUUGUCAACAUCGGAAGCCGUAUGGUUCUUGCCCAUAGAUCGACCAUCAGGUCAAAAAUUCAAGGAUAUCCCUGAUCACGAGCGAACCACAAUGCUAUUCAGUACAGAGCGUAAUGCCACGCGUGUAUUUAUCUUGUCAAGUAAAGCUAAUCCAGAACAAAUCGGUCGGAUAGAUGGAAGAACAUUGAACGCUGCUACUUUUUUCCAGAGAAGUUGUGUGAUGCACGUCUCACCAUCCGAAGUUUCCCUAUUGGACAACAAUGGCAAACGGAUACAGAUUGUGUGCCCGAGAUCGGAUUUGCCCCCUAUCUCCAGCGCUUGCAUUUCAGAUCCAUAUGUCCUUAUUCGAAGGACAGACGGGAGUGUCUCUUUCUUCGUCGGCGAUACAGUGGCCAGAACAGUAACCCAGGUGUCUAUAAAUGGAGAGGGAAACGAUGCUCCACUGUGUCAAGCGAUCGAAGUCUUCUCGGAUGAUACUGGCAUUUAUCGCACCUUUGAACCAUCGCGAUCUUUCGAUCAGAACCAAGCGAAUGGUUCGGCCUCGCGUUCAAAUGCUAUAAAACAAGGACAACAAUCACGACUACAACUUACUCAACAACAGAUCAAAAGACUGCAGGAACAAGAACCUGCCAUUUCAAUCGAUGCGCCGAGUAUGGAAACAGCUAUGAACGCUUCAAGGGGAACCCAAUGGCUCGCACUUCUGACCAAUAAAGGAGAAUUACAAAUUCGAUCUUUACCUGAUUUGAAAGUCGUACUUCAAUCCGAUGGAUUGGGAUCAUCAGCUCCAAGUUUCACCGACGAUUUGGUUGAUGGAGUGACAAAAGAUGAUGAGGUCGAUGAUGAAGUCAAGCAAAUGGUAUUUUGUCCUAUUGGCAAAGGGACUGUUAGACCACAUUUACUGGCAUUACAUCAAUCGGGAAGAUUAAACACAUAUGAAGCUCAACCUAGAUUCACAGUAGACUCAUCUUCGCAAAUACGUAGAUCGUUGGCUGUUAGAUUCACAAGAGUCCACACACAAUUACUUCCUAUCUCAGGAGGAUCCACAAAAUUACCUUAUACGAUCAUCCCAUUCUCUGACAUCGAAGGUUUGACGGGAGCGUUCAUAACGGGUGAAAAACCUCACUGGAUAGUCUCGAGUGAAGCUCAUCCUUUAAGAACUUAUGCACUCAAACAGGCUGCUAUGGCUUUUGGGAAGACCACUCAUUUAGGUGGAAAGGGAGAAUACUUCAUAAGAAUCGAAGAUGGAUCCUUCAUAUGUUACCUUCCUCCAUCGCUGAAUACGGACUUUGCCAUGCCUUGCGAUCGGUAUGAGAUGGAUAGAGUGUACACUUCAGUUGCAUUUGACCCUACUUCUGCGCAUUAUGUAGGUGCAGCAAGUAUAACUGUUCCUUUCCAAGCAUAUGAUGAGGAAGGUGAAAUUCAACUGGGACCAGAAGGGGAAAAUUUGAUACCUCCAACGAAUCAACGUUCGACUCUUGAGCUAUUCUCACAAGGGUCCGAUCCUUGGAGGGUGAUUGAUGGAUACGAUUUCGAUCAAAAUGAAGAAGUUUUAUGUAUGGAAAGUGUCACAUUAGAAUCUCCAGGUGCAGAAGGUGGUCUCAGAGAUUUCAUUGCUGUCGGAACUGGAUUCAAUUUCGGUGAAGACAGAGCGACCAGAGGUAACACAUACAUAUUUGAAAUCGUGGAAACAGUCGGUCCGGGAGGUAAAGCUUUUGGAUCGGGUUGGAGAAUGAGAUUAAGAACCAAAGAUCCAGCUAGAAAUCCAGUUUCUGCAAUCAGCCAUGUCAAUGGUUAUUUAAUAAAUUCUAAUGGGCCGAAAAUCUACGUCAAAGGUUUCGAUGACGAUCAACAGCUCAUGGGUUUAGCUUUCCUCGAUGUCCAAAUCUAUGUAACAAGCAUCAAAGUCUUCAAGAAUUUCAUAUUGAUCAGUGAUUUGUAUAAGAGUUUCUGGUUUGUAGCGUUACAGGAGGAACCAUAUAAAUUCAUCACGAUCAGUAAAGAUCUUCAACCUGUAUCACCCAUUGUUACGGAUUUCCUGGUACAUGAAGGUCAAAUGACUUUUAUUUCAAAUGACAGAAAUGGUGAUAUGAGAAUGUUAGAUUUUGACCCUACCGACCCUGAUUCGCUCAAUGGGGAAAGAGUAUUACUGAGAACCGAAUAUCAUACGGGAGCUCCGAUUACUACGUCGAAAGUUAUCGCUAGACGUAAGACUGCUGAAGAGGAGUUUGCACCUCAAACUCAAAUCGUCUAUGCCACUGCCGAUGGAGCUCUGACGACGUUGGUCUCAGUAAAACCAGCUCGGUUUAAGCGAUUACAACUUGUUUCUGACCAAUUAGUGAGGAACGCUCAACAUGUAGCUGGACUAAAUCCAAGAGCAUACAGGACGGUGAGAAAUGAUCUUUUACCUAAACCAUUGUCAAAAGGUAUUUUAGAUGGAACGUUAUUAUCACAUUUCGCACUUCAACCUAUAGAAAGACAAAAAGAAAUGAUGAGACAGAUAGGAACCGAUGCUGUUACUGUUGCUAGCGAUUUAGCUGCUUUAGGAGGGUUCUGGUGA